ACAUAUUCUUAUUAUUAAUACCAAACACAGAUAUCCCACCUAGCCAUCUUCUUAAUUCAUUAGUAAAACUUCCAGUAUUUUUGAUGAAGAAGAAAAAUUUUGCUGAAAUAAUCAUGUGAUGACUUCACUGCCAGAAUGUGCAGCAUUUUAAUGAACUGUUGACAGUAUUUGGUGCUGCAUUCAGAUGUGUUUGAGCUGCUUAUCUGCGGAGGUGUGGUGACGGUGCUCCAUAUCUCUUCACGCAGGCCCCACUAGAUGGCUUGUGGAGGGUGGGACUCGAGCAGCCUGAGCAGCGCAGACAACGUUAGCAGCGUGGGGGGCGCGGCAAGUGUCCACAACUUGGGGGGUGGGUUAGGGCCUCUAGGUGGGGGACUUGGUCCUCUGGGUGGUGGCUUAGGCCCCAUUGGUGGUGGGGUUGGUGGGGCAAGUGGGCUGGAGAUGAGGUUGCGGGCAGGCGUUGAAGCUGAUCGGCGCCAGCAGGCCGAGAAUUGUGCUAAACUCAAAGCUGUUCACACGGCAGCCAACUAUGAUGACUUCAGGCAGAUGGUCUUGGGUGCACAGCUCCGGCCGCUGGAGCGCACCUGUGCUGGCAAGCCACGCCCGUCCAUUUGGAACAGCCUGGCCAACUCUGCCUCCAAGCGCUGUGCCACUAAUGGCACUGCCACUAAUGCUGCUACUGCCACUAAUGUCAGUAGCAAGCAGCUCCUGCACCACCACCCAGAAAACUCACCCUACCCCGCGGACGUCAACUAUGACCCCUCCUCUCCCCCCUCCACAACGGAGGGGUUAGUGCGGCUGUGGGGGCGGCUGGACCUGGCGGAGCGUCUGGAGCUGGUGCGGGGGUUGGGGGGCGGUGGCGUGGAGCGGCUGGCGGGGGGGCUGGUGGCUGGGGGACUACUGGGGGACGCCAUCACUACCCUGCUGGCGUUCACCCCCACCGCGGGAGACGUGGUCAUGGUGGUUGCUCUGCUGCACGCGCUCACUCAGGCCAAGAGGUUCAGCCUGAGUGUGCAGCUGGUGUGUGGGGAGGAGCGGUGGGCGUGGGGACGGCUGCUGGAGAAGCUACAGCUGGUGCUGGCUGAGCGACCUCAGGAUCUGGCAGAGCUCAACGUGACGGAGUGGACGGUAGUUCAACUCAGAGCAAAGUUCAACUUGUGAAUCACUUGGUGAUGAUGCAAAGCAACUCCCCUCAACACAAACCAAUGCCUUGUCUCUCAAGCGUAACGCCUGUUCACUUUCAGUCACCUCGGAUGUAGGGCAAAAACGUCCCACCUUUUGCAGAAGUUUGACUAAGAAGCUAUCAAUGUAACUUAUUAUUAUUAUUACCCGAGAGUUAUGUCUUCGUUCAAUAAUAUUUUAUCAGUUACCACUGAUUAGAUUCAUUAUUUGUACAAGUCACUAGCAUCAAAUGGCAACGGCAGUAUUAGGUGACUUCCAUGCUUUAAAAGCCAGUACAUCGUCAAUUUUCGUGACAAGAUGUCGAUGAUAUUGCGGUGUUGUCUCUCCGCUGGAAUAUUCAGUGCAAGAUGUAUGCAUUACCACUCUCGUGCAGUGAGCAAAAAAAUUAAUAACUUAAAUUUAUCCCGUAGCCAGAGCUAUUUUUAAGCCUGCAAUUGACGUCGUUUUAAGUGGUUUUUGUUGGCAACUAUUUUAAUGCGUAGUAAAGUAGACACUGCCUAGUUAAUUAAGUAACGUCGCAAAUGUGUGUAUGAAUAUGUAAAUGUGGCCGAAUGUGUAGCGCAGCCGAGGCUGAAGCGUGCAGAAGGUUGGCUGAGACUUGCGCCGUCUAUACAGUGCGCUUUGUAUUGUAGCCUCGUAUCAAAGCAAUGGAUCUCGAACAUUCCACCUUGUCACUUAAUUUGACGUCACAACCACCACCACUUGUCUAAAUAAAUGAUGCAUAGAUAAAUUAAGCACUCGUCUGUCACCCCGAACAAUGGAUAGAGGAGUCCUGGUCUGGACUCGCUGUACUAGAAGAUAAGUAAUUCCUUUGCGUCCAUAGAGACCCGAGCCGUACAUUCAAAACUCGCUUCAGUACAUAUAACGGCCUAAGUGUA